AUGUCACCGCAAACAAUCCAAGAGGUCUUGACGGACCCAGUUCCCGCUUUCGUGCUCGAUGUUAACGCAUCCAUUAACCCAAGGCCUGUGAAAACAUGGAUGAUGGUUGAUCCUAACGACGUCAUGUACUGGCAAGGCUUUAACUUUGCCAACCUCAGAAACGCCUAUGGUCACAUUUUCGACCUUCCAUGCCCAACAUGCCCAGUGUCUGAUGCACAUCCUCGAUUCGUCAUCCAAACCCUCGAUGAGCUCAAGCAGCAUGGCAUUGAGACUCUACAUCAUCUUCUUCAACGCCCCUUUCGGUAUGCCAUCCCCAAGCUCAGGCAGAGUCUUCUUUGCUCCAAGCACGAUGUUUUGUGUGAUUAUAAGGCGCCCCAUACUCAAAUUGACUGGAUUUGGGGCGUCUUUUAUGCCUUGGAUGAUACGAAUCUCGUCGUCAGCUGCUCUCGGCUGUCUAAUACAUUUACCUCGGAGGAUCUACGUCUAAAGAAGCCAGAUGCUAUUUACACUCUCCGGCAGCUUGCCACAUACGCUGCCACCGGCAAGACGCGAUACGGCUUCAUUCUCACUGACAAGGAAGUCGUCAUUGUUCGCUUCCACGUAAAAAGUCGAAAUAGUGAACAGUAUUCAGUUGGGUGGGUGGCAAUUCCAUGGAAAGAAACCGGCAUAUACACACUGACGGCCCCCCUGGCUGUGUUUUCUCUGGUCUUGAUGAGUUUAAACGAUGACCAUCGUCACAUUUUGGUUGGUAAUAACACGCUUCCCCUUGAUGCUUGGAUAAGAGAGAAACUCUGGGAUGGAAAGGUCAUCUUCUAUCACCAUCUCUCGGGACGGUGUGUGGACAAGUUGCCAGAGGGCGUUCGCUUUUACUGGGAGCCGAAGAAGAAGAAGAGGUCCGCCAUGUCGCACGCCAUAACGCUCGCUCGACGUUUGACCGAGCCUUUAGGGAACAUCAAUGAAUAG